AGUACCGAUACGACCUUGAAUCGGAUAAUGCGUCUAGAUUAAACACCAUUUUAUGCCGAAGAAACUUGGAACAUGCCCGAAAGCACAGGAGGCUCGAGAAAGACGAGCUGAAAAGAAGCGUGAAGAGCGGGAACAGAUAAUAAAAAAAGCGGAGGAUGAAUAUUGGAAAGAUGAAGACAAGCACGUCAGUAGGAAGCAACAGCGGAAAGAGGAAAAGGAUUCGAAGCGUCUGGAGCAGUUGGAGAAGAAAAAGGAAAAGGAGAAGCUGUACAAUGAAGAACUUGCAACUUUUAAGUCAGCCAAACCUUCUGGGAUCAAAGAGCAGCCGUCGAAGUUAACACAAGCACAAGUUGCUGCAGCUCGGGCGAAACUGGACUCGCAAUUAUCUGCUCUGAGUAAAAGCUCUCAGAAAGUUGAAUCUGAAGAGCUAGCUCCUAAUCCGAAUCGGAGUGAGAUGGAUGUCUUGGAAGCCCGUACUGUUGAAGAAGCUAUCUCAAUCCUAAGUGUGGAUAAUGAUGGUGAUGCUGAUCGACAUCCAGAAAAACGUUAAAGGCUGCUUAUCUAGCAUUUGAAGAGCGUAUGAUGCCUCAACUGAAAGCUGAAAAUCCAUCUAUGCGACAUUCACAGCUAAAACAGUUGAUAUUCAAAAUGUUCCAGACAUCUCCAGAAAAUCCAAAAAACCAUCAAAGUGCUUGUCAUGUUACUAAAUGAGUUAAUUAAUACAUAAAGAUAUAUCUUAUUUAUUAUCCAAAAAACCGUUGUUUAAAGUUUUCUAACUGCAUUUAGAUGUCGAAAAAAAGCAGAAUACUAACAGAUAUUUAACUUUUAAAAUCACUACUUGACCUAGUAUUUUAGCAUAAAACUCGAUUUUUUUGGUGCUUUUCUCGUAAACUAAUUGCAUGAAUACAUUAAAAUAGAAAAGUGUAAGC